AUGAGUCAUCCUUCUACACCAUCAAAAUUCUCUCAAAGUCCUGGACCAAACAGAAGAGGUCAAAUUGGAAGUAGACAUAAUCUAAGUCCAUUAGAACAAAUAGAAAGAAAUUGUAGAACUGAAAUGGAACAAGUUAAUAGAUUUCAAUUGGAUAUUUUAGACAAAGUUGUUAAAGGAAAACAAUUUAUAAAAGAAUUACAUCAAAAAUGUGAUGAAGAUGCAAUAAUUAUGAAAAGAGACUAUAUUCCACAUACUGAUCAAAUUCAAUUAUCAACAUACACAGACAUUGAUUCUAAAGUAUUUAUUCAAAAAUAUCAAAACGAUAUUGAACAUUCUCAAAUUGAAAUGGAUAAAAUUCAAAACAUUGUAAAUGAAAUGCAAAAAAUAGAUAGUGCUCGUAUUCUUACUAAAAUACAAACUACAGAACAAUUAUUACCUUCAAUUAACCAAAUUAUUCUUGAAAAACAAAAAAUGCUUAAUGAAUUAAAACAAAAUCAAAUGAAUUUAAAUUCUUUUAUAGAACAAUUAAAUACUCAAAACUCUUCUAUUCAAAUAAAAGAUUCAAAGCAUCGUUCUAUUGCAUUAGACAUAGAAGAAAUUUUAUUAAUUAAUAAUCAUGCAUUACUUCUUGCUUAUCUUCAAUCAAUUCCUGUUGAUAUAUUUUGUCAAACAACAUUUAAAACAGAAGUCUUAUUAUCAUUAUUAACAUUUCUUGUAUCUAAUUUAUCUACUGAAUUAAUAGAAAUUAAACUCUCUUUCAUUCUUUUAACAUUAAAGAAUCUUAAUAUUAAAAAAGUUCCAAAACCAUAUUUGUCUCUUUUUAAAGACAUUCAACAAACUUUCUUAUCAUUUAAAGAAAUGUUAUAUUAUGAAAAUUAUUAUAAAGCAAUUAUGUGGAUUCUUUAUUUAUGUGAAGAUAUGAUUGAGGCUUUACAAAAUUAA